AUGCGCGCCUUUGUCGUCCUGUGCCUCGUGGCCAUCGCCUCCGCCGACAAGCUCGGCUACAACUACAAGCCCGUGGGCCACUCCAGCUCCGGUCUCUCCUUCGCUCCUGGAAGCGGUGGAUCCCUGAGCCUGGGAGGCGGCGGUGGAUCCCUGAGCCUGGGCGGCGGCGGUGGAUCCUUGAGCCUGGGAGGCGGCGGUGGAUCCGUGAGCCUGGGAGGCGGCAGCAACUUCGGCAGCUUGGACGGCGGCUUUGGCGGUGGCUCCAUCGAUUUUGGAUCCUCUGGACUGGGAUCUGGUAUUGGAUCCUCCGGUAUUGGAUCUGGACUGGGAUCCUCCGGUCUUGGAUCUGGACUGGGAUCCUCCGGCUUCGGAGCCGAUCUGGGUUCCGCUGGACUGAGCGCCCCCGUCUCCUACAACGCCCCCGCCCCUGCUGCUGAGCUCCAGAAGGAGUUCUUCACCUACUCCGCCGACGAAGCCGAUUUCGAUGAGCCUCAGGCUUUGGAACGCGUUGCCAGCUCCGUGAACAAGGGUCUGCGUGUGGUCUUCAUCAAGGGACCCGAGAACCGUGGCCUGGAGAACGCUGCCCUCGCCCUCGCCAAGCAGGCUGCCCAGCAGGAGACCGCCAUCUAUGUGCUGAACAAGCAGGCCGACAUCGGAGAUCUGGCCAGCAAGCUGAACGCCAUCCGCAGCAACUCCAACAACAAGCCCGAGGUGCACUUCGUCAAGUACAGGACUCCCGAGGAUGCUGCCAACGCCCAGCGCGCCAUCCAGUCGCAGUACGACCAGCUGGGAGGAUCCAGCCAGGCCCACAACGGUGGUGUUGCCUCCGCCCUGAACUUCGCCUCUGCAGGACCAGUGCGUCAGGCCACCGCCCAGAUCCCCGAGAACUCGUACCUGCCGUCGUCGGUGCUGCGUCGUCUGCGUUACCGCCACUAG